AUGAAGCUGGGUCAGAAAGGGAAUGACCCUACUGGGAAGAAGAAGGGUGGGGUUUUGCAGAAGAAAGGGGAGUGGAAAUCAGUGUCGAGGGCGAUGAUGGAGAGGGGUUUUUAUGUGUCUCCACAGCAGUGUGAAGACAAAUUCAAUGACUUGAAUAAGAGGUAUAAGAGGGUUAAUGAUAUACUUGGGAAGGGGACAUCAUGCAGGGUUGUGGAGAAUCAGAGUUUGCUUGAUACUAUGGAUCAUGUAUCGCUGAAAAUGAAGGAGGAAGUGAAGAAAUUGCUUAAUUCUAAGCACUUGUUUUUCAGGGAGAUGUGUGCUUAUCAUAAUAGCUGUGGUCAUGGUGCUGGUGGUAGUGGUGCUGGUGCUGGUGGCUGUAGUGGUAAUGGGGGAACGGGUGGUGAUCACCAUUCGCUAGAGGUGGCAGCAGAACCAAGUGAAAAUCAGCAGCAGUCACAGCAACAAGGAUGUUUGCAUUCAUCAGAAAAUGCCCCAAUUGUGCCUAAUUCGGGCAGAGCGGAGACAGAGGUGUUGUGGAGGUGGAGCAAUAGAUUUGGUCAUGAUGAAGAGGAUGAUACUGACGAAAGAUCAUCAAGGAAGAGGCAGAAAAAGGAAAUGUUCACUUCCCCUAUUAUUCAACAGUUGAGUACUGAAUUACAGAGUGUAGUUCAAGACGGAAGGAAGACUUCAAUGGAAAAAAGGGAGUGGGUGAAGACGCGGUUAAUGCAAUUGGAGGAGCAGCGAGUGGCCUAUCAAAUGCAAGCGUACGAACUUGAAAAGCAGCGGGUGAAAUGGUUGAAGUUCAGAACCAAGAAGGAGAGGGAAAUGGAGAAAGAAAAGCUUUAA